AUGCGAUUCAGCUUUAAGUCAUUGGCAGUUUGCUUUUUAUCUCUCCAGGCUGUCAAAUCGCAGACAAUUACCCUGAAUACGGUGACAGUUGGGACCGUACAACUAGUUGGUGAUGUUGUCAUUUAUCCUGGUGUUUACUGGUCCAUUGUAAAUGGUCUUGUGGAAAUAUUUUUGGGGGAUCUUAACAAUGCUGGCCAGUUAUUUAUUACUACCAAUGACCCACUUCUUUCUUUGUCUAUUAGCUUUGCCAAUGCUCUUCUGAGUUUCACGAAUUCUGGAGAUAUUGUGUUUUCCACUAGAAAUGGUCUUACUCCACCAGACUUUAAUAUUGUUGUUCAACAAUUUGAAAAUACUGGUAAUAUUUGGUUCGAAAGUAUUGGAAGUCUUCUCAAUCCCAUCUAUGAUAUUAUUGCCCCAAUUUGGGACAACAGACAAGGUGCAACAAUUGUAUUUUCUCUGUCUACUAGGUCUGAAAUUGCAAUUUUCUUAGGAGUAGCGGGUGGAACAUUGACAAAUGAUGGGCAAAUUUGCUUGAUCAACGAGGGAUGGCAACAGGAUACGGCUAUUUCUGGAUCGGGCUGCAUUGAUGUGGGAAUAUCAUCUACUAUGUGGGUCUUUAAUUCGCUACUUCCAUUUAGUCAAGAUCAAAAAGUAUAUCUUUCUUCAAGCUCGUCAAAAUUAAGAGUUGAAUCACUCUCUUUAUCACAAACAUUCUUGGUUGCAGGAUAUGGGAACAACAACAUUAUUGGACUGAGUUUACCCCUAACUUCAUAUACCUAUAAUAUAGGUACUGGAGUCUUGACUAUUUCGACUACUUUCUUGUUAUCACAACAAUUCAAGAUUGGUCUCGGUUACAAUCCAGCCCUUUUCUCGAUUCAAACUGUCAAUUUCGGUGGUCUCAUUGGUAUUGUAAUUAACGGUGGUGUGGCCUAUAAUGGUCCAAUACCACAGGGUAGUACACCAAUCACAGGUUGUACGCCAUGUAAAUCUGUGCCAACCAUCCCUCUUCCAUCUGGAUCUAGCUCUAGUGCAUCAACUAGCGCUACUGAAUCCUCUAGUGCUCCUCCAUCCUCCAGUGCUGCUGAAUCAUCUAGUGCUGCCGCAUCCUCUAGUGCUGCCGAAUUCUCUAGUGCUGCUGAAUCAUCUAGUGUUGCCGCAUCCUCUAGUGCUGCGGCAUCCUCUAGUGCUGCUGAAUCAUCUAGUGCUACUGAGUCCUCUAAUGCUGCCGCAUCAUCUAGUGCUGCUGAAUCCUCUAGUGCUACUGAGUCCUCUAGUGUUGCCGCAUCCUCUAGUGCUGCUGAAUCAUCUAGUGCUGCUGAAUCAUCUAGUGGUGCCGAAUCCUCUAGUGCUGCCGAAUCCUCUAGUGCUGCCGCAUCCUCUAGUGCUGCCGCAUCCUCUAGUGCUGCCGCAUCCUCUAGUGCUGCUGAAUCAUCUAGUGCUACUGAAUCCUCUAGUGCUGCCGCAUCAUCUAGUGCUGCUGAAUCCUCUAGUGCUACUGAGUCCUCUAGUGCUACUGAGUCCUCUAGUGCUGCCGCAUCAUCUAGUGAUGCUGAAUCAUCUAGUGCUGCCGAAUCCUCUAGUGCUGCCGCAUCCUCUAGUGCUGCCGCAUCCUCUAGUGCUGCCGCAUCCUCUAGUGCUGCCGCAUCAUCUAGUGAUGCUGAAUCAUCUAGUGUUGCCGCAUCCUCUAGUGCUGCCGCAUCAUCUAGUGAUGCUGAAUCAUCUAGUGUUGCCGCAUCCUCUAGUGCUGCUGAAUCAUCUAGUGGUGCCGAAUCCUCUAGUGCUGCUGAAUCAUCUAGUGCUACUGAGUCCUCUAAUGCUGCCGCAUCAUCUAGUGAUGCUGAAUCAUCUAGUGGUGCCGAAUCCUCUAGUGCUGCCGCAUCCUCUAGUGCUGCCGCAUCCUCUAGUGCUGCCGCAUCCUCUAGUGCUGCCGCAUCCUCUAGUGCUGCCGCAUCCUCUAGUGCUGCCGCAUCCUCUAGUGCUGCCGCAUCCUCUAGUGCUGCCGCAUCCUCUAGUGCUGCUGAAUCCUCUAGUGCUACUGAGUCCUCUAAUGCUGCCGCAUCAUCUAGUGCUGCUGAAUCCUCUAGUGCUGCUGAAUCAUCUAGUGGUGCCGAAUCCUCUAGUGUUGCUCCAUCAUCAAGUAUUGUAGACAGUGGAUCUGGAACUGGUUCUGUCAUUGACAAUGGUAGCGGAUCUGGUACUGGCACGGGCAAUGGAUCUGGUACUGACGGCACUACUGGUUCAGGAUCGGGCUCCUCUGGAUCUGGAUCAGGGUCAGAAUCGUCAGGCUCCGGCUCCACUGGCUCCACUGGAUCAGGAUCAGGGACAGGAUCGUCAGGCUCCGGCUCCACUGGCUCCACUGGAUCAGGAUCAGGAUCAGGAUCAGGAUCAGGAUCAGGGUCAGAAUCGUCAGGCUCCGGCUCCACUGGCUCCACUGGCUCUGGCACUGGUUCAGGAUCAGGAUCAGGGUCAGGGUCAGAAUCGUCAGGCUCCGGCUCCACUGGCUCCACUGGCUCUAGCACUGGUUCAGGAUCAGGAUCUUCAGGCUCCGGCUCCACUGGCUCCACUGGAUCAGGAUCAGGAUCAGGAUCAGGAUCAGGAUCAGGAUCAGGAUCGUCAGGCUCCGGCUCCACUGGCUCCACUGGCUCUAGCACUGGUUCAGGAUCAGGAUCUUCAGGCUCCGGCUCCACUGGCUCCACUGGAUCAGGAUCAGGGUCAGAAUCGUCAGGCUCCGGCUCCACUGGCUCCACUGGCUCUAGCACUGGUUCAGGAUCAGGAUCUUCAGGCUCCGGCUCCACUGGCUCCACUGGAUCAGGAUCAGGAUCAGGAUCAGGACCAGGACCAGGAUCUUCAGGGUCAGGCUCGGGGUCAGGCUCUAGCACUUCUGGUUUCGGGCUAAGCUCCGUGUCUGUUACUGCGGAUGGUGCUGCCGGUCACAUGCGGUCACUGUCAACUUUGAGUAUCCUUAUUACGAUCCUUGCAUUUAUGUUCUGA